AUGGCUGCCAAAACUCCUGCUGUUGGUAUUGAUUUGGGUACAACUUACUCUUGUGUCGGUGUUUUCCAACACGGCAAAGUAGAGAUUAUUGCUAAUGACCAAGGUAACCGUACCACACCUAGUUAUGUUGGUUUCACCGAUACCGAACGUCUCAUCGGAGAUGCCGCCAAAAAUCAGGUCGCCAUGAACCCCAACAACACAAUCUUUGAUGCCAAGCGUUUGAUUGGAAGACGUUUCGAAGAUGCUACUGUACAAGCUGAUAUGAAACAUUGGCCUUUUGAAGUAGUCAGUGACGGCGGUAAACCCAAAAUCAGAAUUUCCUACAAAGGAGAAAACAAAAUCUUCUCCCCUGAAGAGGUAUCGUCCAUGGUUUUGACCAAGAUGAAGGAAACCGCUGAAGCUUACCUGGGAAAAACAGUAACAAAUGCUGUUAUCACAGUACCUGCAUAUUUCAAUGAUUCUCAACGUCAAGCUACCAAAGAUUCUGGUACCAUUGCUGGUUUGAACGUAAUGCGUAUCAUCAAUGAGCCUACAGCUGCUGCCAUUGCAUAUGGUUUAGACAAGAAAACAUCUGGAGAACGCAACGUUCUGAUUUUUGAUCUGGGUGGUGGUACUUUUGAUGUAUCCAUCUUGACCAUUGAAGAUGGAAUAUUUGAAGUCAAAUCAACUGCUGGUGACACUCACUUGGGAGGUGAAGAUUUUGACAACAGAAUGGUCAAUCACUUUGUACAAGAGUUCAAACGCAAGUACAAGAAGGAUGUGACUACCAACAAGAGAGCCCUGAGGCGUUUGAGGACUGCCUGCGAACGUGCAAAGCGUACUCUUUCCUCGUCCACCCAAGCUAGCAUUGAGAUUGAUUCUUUGUUUGAAGGUGUCGACUUCUACACUUCAAUCACUCGUGCUCGUUUUGAAGAAUUGAAUGCCGAUCUUUUCCGCAGCACCAUGGAGCCAGUAGAAAAAUCUCUGCGUGAUGCCAAAAUGGACAAAUCUGCCAUCAAUGACAUUGUGUUGGUUGGAGGUUCUACCCGUAUCCCCAAAGUACAGAAAUUAUUACAAGACUUCUUCAACGGCAAAGAAUUAAACAAGUCUAUUAACCCUGAUGAAGCCGUCGCCUAUGGUGCAGCAGUACAGGCUGCCAUUUUACACGGAGACAAAUCUGAAGAAGUCCAAGACUUGUUGUUGCUCGAUGUCACUCCUCUGUCUUUGGGUAUUGAGACUGCUGGUGGUGUGAUGACCGCUCUCAUCAAGCGUAACACAACCAUCCCAACGAAACAAACCCAAACUUUCACCACUUACUCUGACAACCAACCUGGAGUCUUGAUCCAAGUGUAUGAAGGAGAACGUGCCAUGACAAAGGAUAAUAACUUGUUGGGAAAAUUCGAGCUGACUUCCAUUCCUCCCGCACCACGUGGAGUCCCCCAGAUCGAAGUCACCUUCGAUAUAGACGCCAAUGGUAUUUUGAACGUUAGUGCUAUUGAAAAAUCUACCAACAAAGAAAAUAAAAUCACCAUCACCAAUGAUAAGGGACGUUUAAGCAAGGAAGAUAUUGAACGUAUGGUCAAUGAUGCUGAAAAAUAUAAGAAUGAAGAUGAACAACAAAAAAAUAUCAUUGCCGCCAAGAAUGGUUUGGAAUCUUACUGCUUCAACAUGAAGAGCACGAUGGAAGAUGAAAAAAUCAAAGAAAAGAUCCCAGAAUCUGACAAGAACACAAUUUUGGAAAAAGUUAACGAAACAAUCAAAUGGUUGGAUGCUAACCAACUGGCUGAAAAGGAAGAAUAUGAACACAAACAAAAGGAAUUGGAAGGCAUUUGCAACCCAAUUAUCACCAAAUUGUAUGCUGGUGCUGGUGGUGGUAUGCCAGGUGGUCCCGGUGGUAUGCCUGGAUUCCCAGGAGCUGCUGGUGCAGGUGGUCCCGCCCCAGGUGCUGGCUCAGGAGCCGGUCCAACUAUUGAAGAAGUCGAUUAA